AUGAGUUAUGGUUAUGGACAACAACAACAACAACAACCAAGAAAAUUACGAGAAAAAAUUUGGAAUUAUGAAGGUGAAUGGCAAAGAGAUAUAUGUGGUUGUUGUAAUGAUAUAGGUUCAUGUUGUUGUGCAUAUAUUUGCUGUCCAUGUUUUUGUUGUCGAGUAUUUAGUCGAGCUGGUGAAUGUAUGUGUACACCAUUUUUGUGUUGUUGGCCUGAUGCUUUAAUGUCACUUCGUAUGAAAAUUCGUACUGGAUUUCGACUACAAGGUUCUAUAUUUAAAGAUUGUUUGGCUGCUAUAUGCUGUCCAUGUUGUCUAUUACUUCAAAUCAAUAGUGAACUUGAAUAUCAAGGCUUAUAA